AUGAAGUUCACCACCCUCUUCGCCCCCCUCGCCCUCCUGGCCCCGACCUUCGCGUCCCCCAUCAUCAACGCCUCCGCCUCCGCCGACAGCCCGACCAUCGUCGACGCCCUCACCAGCGUCAACCAAACGACCGUCAAGUUCGGCAACGUCAUCGUCAACUGGAACGGCGGCCUCCUCGGCACAGUCCCCGUGCUGGCCGAGAGCACCGCCCUCCUCGUCACCGUCAAGAAGGGCACGUCGAUCGCCGAGCACAGCGAGCCCCUCGACAACGACGGCGCCCUAGCCGUAGCGGGCACCACACAGUCGCUUGUGGCGUCUGUUAACACCACGCUGACGACCCUGAUCGAGGCCCGGCCCAAGUUUGACAAGCUGCUGUUGACCCCGAUCAUUGUCCUGAACUUGAAGAUCCAGCGUGAUGCCACUGCGGACUUGAGUGAGGCUAUCAUUGCCAAGGUGCCGGAGGCGUUGCAGGCUAUUGCGAAGAACUUGGUUGCGCCCAUCGACCAGAGCUUCGCGACUGCUAUUGACGCGUACGAGGCAUAA